AUGUCGGGGAGCUCGGAGACGCCCAUGGGCGUGGUGGCGGCCUCGCAGCAGCAGCAGCACCCGGUCGCUGCCAUGGCUCGGGAUCUGUUCCAUCCACUCGCGCGGGAGCGGAGACUGGCGAGGAAGGCGGCGGCGGAGCAGGUCCUCAUCCCGGAGACCGACAUCACCAACUCUCGAGUUCGGGUGUGGGUUGUCACGACGGCAUGCCUUCCGUGGAUGACUGGGACGUCGAUCAACCCCCUCCUGAGGGCCGCCUUCCUGGCGCGCGGCAGGGACGCGGACAUGGUGACCCUGAUGGUGCCGUUCCUCUCCCUCGAGGACCAGCCUAAGAACAGAACGAUGGCAGCGGGCGUGUCACAACAGCGCAACAAUGAAAUCAAUCCCCAGGUGUUCCCACGGGGGGUGACCUUCGAUACCCCGGAGGAGCAAGAGGUUUGGGUGCGGAACUGGCUAGAGGAUGCUGGAUUGGCACGGGAAUCGGAGCGUUUGCGGCUGGUGUUCUAUCCCGGGCGAUAUCACAAAGACUACGGCAGCAUCUUCCCCAUGGGAGACCUGACACUCAUGAUACCGCCAGAGGAAGCCGACAUCUGCAUUCUAGAGGAGCCGGAACACCUCAACUGGUACCGUGCACCGGGUCGGUCGUGGCGGAGGACGUUCAAGCACGUCGUCGGAGUCGUGCACACGAACUACCUGGCGUACUCCUCGGGGUACUCCGUCUGGGGCCCCGUGUUGACGUUCAUGCUGCGGUACAUGAACAUCAUCAUGGCACGCGCGUACUGCCACAAGAUCAUCAAGCUUAGCGGCGUUAUCCAGAGCCUCGCCCCCGAGAAGGAGACGGUAUGCAACGUACACGGCGUACGCCAGAAGUUCCUGGACGUGGGCCAGGAGUACGCCCAUAAGCCGCGAGCCGGAGGUGCCUACUUCAUCGGGAAGAGCCUGUGGGCCAAGGGCUACGACCGGCUGAUCAACCUCCUGGAGUACAACAACAAGCGCCUGGGACGGGCGUUUCACAUGGACGUGUACGGGAGCGGUCCGGACCGGGAGGCGAUCGAGGCUAAGUCGUGCGAGAAGGGGUGUGACAUCACUUUUUUCCCGGCGACCGACCACUCGGAAUUGGGGGACUACAGCGUCUUCAUCAACCCCUCGGUUAGUGAGGUCCUGUGCACAACGGUGGCAGAGGCCCUGGCCAUGGGCAAGUGGGUCGUCUGCGCGCGGCACAGCUCGAACGAGUUCUUCUUCCAGUUCCCCAACUGCCUUCCGUUUGACUCCGAGGAGGACUUCGCCGCCUGCGUCAGCUGGGCCCUCCGGCACGAUCCUGAGGACCUCACGCCCGCCCUCAGACACAAGCUCUCCUGGGCUGCGGCAACCGAGCGAUUAGCCGACGCAGCGGUGAUGAACGUCGGGGAGAGAAAACGACAGAAGCCGGUGGCGGACGGGUUCUUCACCGUCGCGCACGCGGCCGCUGGCUCAGGACCGACUGGGGAUUUGUUCCGCCUAGUGGCGGGGGCCGACUCGGCGGCGUGGCAGAACAAAUGGGUCAACGAGCAACGUAGGCUGGAGAAGGAGGCGGAGCGUUCACAGCAGGCGGGACAUGAGCGGCAGGUGUCGGCUACGGAUGGCGUCGAAGACAAUGGAAGCAGCAGAAGCAGCUCUAUUGACAUGGUCGCGAACGCUGCAGCCGUCGCGAGCGCGUAGCGUUGGCUCUCGGCUAGGCGUAGCUAAGCGUGUGGGCCAGACCCGCUGUGUUUUUCGCCAUCCUCCAGAGCAUUGGCAGCAUUCCGUGAAGCCGAGCGACAACCUCUGUUGUAUUGGAUGCUUUCAUGUCAUUACCGCACCCGCAUCAUUGCGAUUCUGCGUCCCCCCUUCACUGAGGCCGGGCGGGAACUAAAUAAAGCGAUGUGAACGAGAGGACCAUGUAAUAAAGGGAGCCACUGGAGCCAACUUGGGCUAUAGAAACAUAUUUGUUUUGUGUGUCGUGGCCGGGUGGUCAGGGUUUCGCGGCGAGCAUCUUCUGUAGCUCCUCGGCCAGUCGUAGGCGCGCACGCGACGGGGAGGAGGGGGGGGGGCGGGGGCAUUGCGAGGUUCCUGCUCAGGUAAACGUCGCAAAAUGUACCUAGGUGGGUGGUGCCGUGGGCCCUAACCUACCACAACGCGAGAUGAGCACAACGCCGGGGGGGGUGGGGUGCAGGAGAGCCAAGUUCGAGUGGGAUCCGCUGCUGUGCGUUUCGAUAGAUCUCUGGAGGUAUCGCAAGGGCAAGGAUGUGGCGGCACCUGUUGCGCAGAGACGAUGUGAUUGCUGCGUCGGUGCGGUCUGUGCUCGUUCCGCGUGUUGCUCGAUGUCGUGUCUGUACUCGUUUUGUAGUAGUCUUUUACCGAGAUGUGGCAGCACCUCUGGUGUUCGGG